AUGUUUGCGAACACCUUCGUGCGUUCUGCGCGUCGUGUACGCCCUUCAGCGCAAACACUUCGUCUCAGAGGCGCGAGGAAUGCUUCGACAUUGCCAGAGAAUUCACACAUUUAUGUACAUAAAGAUCCGUUCGAUCCGAGCAAACGUUUGCUAUCACUACUGCCCACCGAACCUCCCACACCACAACUCGUCAUAGGCACAUGCACUGCUCUCCCACCCACGCCCCAGAACUUCACCGAGAACCCACAGUUCCUUCCCAUCCUAUCCUCUGUGUUCGCCACACACGCCAUCUCUGACCCAUAUGUACAAUCGCAAGCAGCCGUCUACGCGUCACCAGGCGGCUCUAACCUUUCGCAACCGAACGAUGGCGCAGGCGGCGCAAAUCACCAAGGCGGCAUGGGAGGAGCAGGUCAUGGAGGUUGGAUACAUAUCAGUGAUCUGAGGAAUCCACCAGACUAUGGGCGCAUUGCGUGGCCCGAGGACAUCUUCGGCAGUGUGGAAGUUGACGGCAAUGGUCAUUUUAGUGGAGGAGUCGGAGGCUGGCAGAACAGCGGGACGUACCGCGUUGUGACGAGGGAGGGCAUUUUGGGAUUGACCGACUUUAUGCGAGGAAAAUUGGUAGAGAAGCUACUGGAUCUAGAGAGGCAGAUUAAGCGGAACUCGUAG